AUAAGGCACAUCUCUUAGGAUGCACGUGUCAAAAAAUUAUUGGGUAGAGGAUAGAAGAGGAGAAACUCGCCGGCCAUCGCUCUUGCGAUGUAGAAGCUUUGAUCGAUCUGGUUCUCGUCGAAGAAGAAGCUUUGAUCGAGAAAUCAUAGCAAGUCGACGCCAUUGUCCAGUCUGAUUCUCUCGAAGAAGAAGCUUUGAUCGAUCGGUUUCGAUCAAGAGACAAGGAUUGCUUGAGGUUAGUGAAUUGAAAGCUAUCUCCAACGUCAAAGGUACCAAAUUGAGGUUGAUGAAUUGAAAGCUGUCUCUCUCUCUUGUCUCUGUGUUAAUUAUAUUUUGAUUUGUUCGUUGAUUAAUCGGUUGUUGUUUGAUUUCAAUUCGAUGGAAGAUUGCUCGAAACUUGAUUUACUAUGCUUUUAUUUGAAUUUGAUUACGAUUUUCAUAGAAGAUUACCGCAAGUUUCAUGAAGUCAAAGUGUGGGAAGAUGAGUCCAUCUCUUUCUAUCCUCUAGAAAACGACUACUUCGUUGGAGACAAUGCGAGCCUUGUUGGUUUUUCACAACCAGAUUAUGGUUCUCUUCUGAGAGAUGAGAACCUUCUUAGAUACACGCCGAUCAAGGACUUCACCGGAAACGACUCCUUCUUAGAUGUUCUUGAAAGGUUUGUUGGCGCAUUUGAGGAGCAGUGGUGGGACGAAGAUGGUGGUGGUGGAGGGAAAGGAAGAAGAUUGGUGGAGGUUUUGAGUUCUCGGGUGGUGGUGGUGGAGGGAAAGGAAGAAGAUUGGUGCAGGUUUUGGUUGGUUCUUGGUGGGAGUGGUGAUGCUUUAUCUGUUGGUCUAAACGAGAGGUUUACUUACUAUAUCUCUGAUGCUUUCUUUUGGUUCUUUGGAAUUGGAUCAUCUUGAAACUAGAGGCUAAGCGUUUGUUGUGUGAUAAAAAUCUCAAUUUGAAGAGUGUUUGGAUUAGUUGUCAAUGGAUUUCAGUUUUAUAUUGAAGCUAUUGUUUGUGUGUAUAUAUUUUCUAUUUUUGAUUUUGAUGCAAUGAUGCUGAUGUUGAGAAGCUGUUUCGAUCGCCUUCCCUAAAACAACACUCAUUAAUUUCACUAUUAUUCUCUUCAACGCAGCCAUGUCUCUGUUCUCAGAUCUCGUCAACCUCAACCUCACCGACUCCACCAAGCAAAUCAUUGCUGAAUACAUAUGGUCUCAUUAUCUCUGUUUCUUACUAUGGCUAUGAUCCAAAAGCUUUUGCCUUUGCUAUUAAUCUCUUCUUAUGUUUUGACGUGUACAUCAUAAAGCUUGUCUCUUUCUUUGUUGUCUGUCUUCUGGGUUUUUGAUAUUUUCGUAUGGAUUGUGAAUGAGCAGGAUUGGUGGAUCUGGAAUGGACAUUAGAAGUAAAGCCAGGGUGUUUUUGAAUUAUGAGUAAUCAGAAGAAGAGGAAUUUCCAGAUUGAGGCGUUCAAGCACCGCGUCGUCGUGGAUCCCAAAUACGCCGAUAAAACCUGGCAGAUUCUCGAGCGUGCGAUUCAUCAGAUUUACAAUCAAGAUGCUAGCGGCCUCAGCUUCGAAGAGCUUUACAGGAACGCGUACAACAUGGUUCUGCACAAGUUUGGCGAUAAGCUCUACACCGGCUUUAUCGCCACCAUGACUGCUCAUCUCAAGGACAAGUCCAAGCUCAUCGAGGCUGCUCAGGGAGGAUCGUUUCUUGAAGAGCUCAACAAGAAAUGGAACGAGCACAACAAAGCGUUGGAAAUGAUACGGGACAUCCUCAUGUACAUGGACAGAACCUACAUCGAGAGCACCAAGAAGCCUCACGUUCAUCCCAUGGGGCUUUGUUUGUGGAGGGACAACGUGGUGCAUUCCCCUAAGAUUCACUCGAGGCUUCUGAACACACUUCUUGAUCUAGUCCAUAAGGAACGCACUGGUGAGGUUAUUGACAGAGGGUUGGUGAGGAAUGUUACCAAGAUGUUUAUGGACUUGGGAGAGUCUGUGUAUCAGGAUGAUUUUGAGAAGCCCUUUUUGGAUGCUUCUUCCGAGUUUUACAAGGUUGAGUCUCAGGAGUUUAUUGAGUCUUGUGAUUGUGGGGAUUACCUGAAGAAAGCUGAGAAACGUCUGACUGAGGAGAUAGAUAGGGUAGGACACUACUUGGAUGCCAAGAGUGAAGACAAGAUUACUAGUGUGGUUGAGAAAGAGAUGAUUGCUAACCACAUGCAGAGGCUGGUUCACAUGGAGAAUUCAGGUCUCGUUACUAUGCUUCUGAAUGAUAAGUAUGAGGAUUUGGGUAGGAUGUACAACUUGUUCCGCAGGGUUACCAACGGUCUUGCUACUGUCAGAGACGUUAUGACCUCGCAUCUAAGGGAAAUGGGGAAGCAGCUUGUUACUGAUCCGGAGAAGUCCAAGGAUCCGGUGGAGUUCGUGCAGCGGCUAUUGGACGAGCGGGAUAAGUAUGACAAAAUCAUCAGCACCGCGUUUGGUAAUGAUAAAACGUUUCAGAACGCGUCGAAUUCUUCGUUUGAGUAUUUCAUCAACUUGAAUGCUCGUUCUCCUGAGUUCAUCUCCUUGUUCGUUGAUGACAAGCUACGGAAAGGACUUAAGGGUAUCGCAGACGCGGAUGUGGAGGUCGUCCUUGAUAAAGUCAUGAUGCUGUUCCGCUACUUACAAGAGAAAGAUGUGUUUGAGAAGUACUACAAGCAGCAUUUGGCUAAAAGGCUUCUCUCCGGCAAAACCGUGUCAGAUGACGCAGAGAAAAGUCUGAUAGUGAAACUAAAGACGGAAUGUGGAUAUCAGUUCACUUCGAAAUUGGAAGGCAUGUUCACUGACAUGAAGACUUCAGAGGACACAAUGAGAGGGUUUUACGGCAGUCACCCUGAGCUUUCAGAAGGACCAACGCUUAUUGUUCAGGUUCUUACAACUGGUUCAUGGCCCACACAGCCUGCAGUACCUUGUAAUCUCCCAGCUGAAGUUUCGGUUCUCUGCGAGAAGUUCCGCUCUUAUUACCUUGGAACCCAUACCGGUAGGAGAUUGUCUUGGCAAACUAACAUGGGCACAGCCGAUAUCAAAGCAAUCUUUGGAAAAGGUCAGAAACAUGAACUCAAUGUGUCGACUUUCCAGAUGUGUGUCCUCAUGCUUUUCAACAACUCCGAUCGUCUCAGCUACAAGGAGAUCGAACAGGCUACUGAAAUCCCAGCACCAGAUCUGAAACGUUGCUUGCAAUCGCUAGCGUGUGUAAAAGGCAAAAACGUGAUAAAGAAAGAACCGAUGAGCAAAGACAUAGGAGAAGAAGAUCUGUUUUGUGUGAACGACAAGUUCACAAGCAAGUUUUACAAAGUGAAGAUUGGAACAGUUGUUGCACAAAAGGAGACAGAGCCGGAGAAGCAAGAGACGAGACAGAGAGUGGAGGAAGACAGGAAACCUCAGAUUGAAGCAGCGAUUGUGAGGAUCAUGAAGUCUAGGAAAAUACUGGAUCACAACAACAUAAUAGCGGAGGUGACUAAACAGUUACAGCCACGGUUCUUGGCUAACCCGACCGAGAUAAAGAAGAGGAUCGAGUCGCUCAUUGAACGUGAUUUCUUGGAAAGGGAUAAUACGGACCGGAAACUUUACCGCUAUUUAGCCUAAUAAGUGGAUUACCUCAACAACAACAAAAAGGCCGUUCGUCGCUGUUUAGUUGCUUUGUUUCUUCCGUUUUGGUGUAAAAGCUUAUGAUCUGUACGGUAGUAGGUAAAAUCAAUCGAACGAACAUGGUGUUACUGCCGUUGGUCGAAUAUAACAUUUGCUUCCUUUUUUGUCUUCUUACAAGACUAUUAUGGGAUAUUGUUUCAAUUUA